UUUUUUAGCACAAGACCGCGGGUCCGAGUAACUGAAAGAUUGAAGUCUAAGUUCGACAUCAUAUUUCUAUAUAUAUAUAUACAUACAUAUGUAUAUACAUAUAUAACUCGCCACCUAGAUCGUUUCGCGCGCGCGUGUUUCCCUGUAUGCGUGUUUGUGUGUGUGUGUUGGUGUGUGUGUGUGUGUGCGAGUGUGUGCUAUUGCUAACUCUAUUGUCGCCAAGGGGGAGUAAGACUGAUUUGUUAUUUAUUUCAUUUGUUUUUUUGCAUAAAUCAGUUUUUUUGAGUUGAGCUCUUCUUGCUCACAUAAAUUAUGUGGCGGCCAGGUUCUAGUUGAUAUUAGAGAGAUAGAGCGAGAGAGAAAGAGAUAGAGAGGGAGAAGUCAAUCGAGUUUGUGGCUUAAGUCUUUCGUUUCCUAUGAGAGAUGCAUUAAUCCAAACGCUAAACAAAAUAGUUCCAUAAAUUUUACGUAACUCUCCCAUUAACAAAAAAUAUUCAACUUGAAUAUGGCUCUGACCAAUUUCUCAUUGCCAUUUGGUAACUUGGCCCAGCCAUGGGGCGUGACAUUGGCCCCCUUGCAUCCCAUACAUCAAUUGGCCAGUAAUACCAAUAAUUUACUCUACUCGCCGGCCGAUCAUCAGCAACAGCAACAGCAGCAGCAGCAACAACAACCGCAGAUCACAUCAGAUAUUAAUUCUGAUUAUUUCAAGAAUAAUCCUUAUGGUCCACCAGCGGGUUAUCCUUAUCAAAGUAGACGCAAACAGAACAGCAAUGCCUAUUUGCCACCGACUGGUGCAUCUGCAUCUCGCAACUCUGUCUAUCACCUACAACAGCAACAGCAGCAGCAACAGCAACAAAGCCACCAGCAAUCCCAUGUGGAAGCCAAUGAGAAUACUGUGUCAUUUCAGAGUUCGAGUUCAAGUAGUAAUGCCAAUAGCCAGAGUACCAUUCAUUUAACACAAUCGUCAUCGUCUGGUCGUAGUCCUGCUGAAGGCUCUUAUACACGUUAUCCUGGAAACAAUAAACAACAGCAGCAGCAACAGCAACAACAGCAACAACAGCCACAACAGAAACAAUAUUUCAAUGCCCAUGGCAGUGCCAGUGCCACCUUCUCAAAGAACAGCGGAAGCUUUAGUAUUACCAGCUUUGGCAACAGCAGGCAACAGCCGCAGCAACCACAACAACCACCAGCACCACCUCUGCAACAGCAACAGCCACCACAUCAGCCGGCACAGCCGCGUAGACCGUUGCAAUCGGUCAAGCCGGAGACUCAGCCUGCCUCAACAUAUGGUGUGGCUGCUGCCGAGGAUAAUUAUCCGGAGCGGGCACCUGGUUUCACACGUGUUCAGGCUGGCCAGGGAUCACGUACCCAGGUACAUGCCGUGCUCGACUAUGAUGUGGAGGAGGGUGAAGAGGAUGAGGAGUUGGAAGACGAAGACGAUGAGCAAGGUGGCAACUAUUAUCAAGGUCAAGCGAAAGCAGACAAGCAAAUGAAUGUGACACCCAUACAGGGACCCAUCUAUCUGAAGAAUGGCAGUGUGCCAGUGGUGCCAUUAUUUUCCUAUCCCAAGCUCAACAAUGGAUCGUUCUUACAGAUUCCGAUCUGGUGGACGGCAUUGUCAGUGGCACUUGGCCUGGAUGUGAGAGGCGAUGUGAUUAAAGGAGUGCCAUGCAUCAAACGAUAUCAUCAGCUGUUCUGUCCCACGGCCGGUAAUAGUUAUCCCAUUGAAAAAAUCGAACGUUUUAUAGACGAUAAUAAGGCCCUGAUGCGUCGUAUGUAUGGUGACUUUGAAAUGAAUAUGGAGGGCAAUGCAGGUGGCGGUGGGGUCGGCGGAGCUGGAACAGAUGGGUCACGACAACAGGCUAAAGUUCGCAAACGUCGAUUCAUCGAUGAGCCAGAUAUAUUUAUACCUCCCGGUGCCUAUGCAGCCCAUGCAGGUAAAGCGGGUGAUAGUUACUUUGGGAAAUUGCGAGAAAAACGCCAAGCAGCCGCCGGUGGAAGUCGUAAUAGAGCAGGCGGCGGAGGAGGAGGAGGAGGAGCAACUAGCAGUAAUGCCAAUAGAACACCGGGCGGAGGUGGUGGCAAUGCAAAUGGUAGUUCUGGAACUGGCCGUCUUGAUGCCUGUGAGUCUAAAAUUGAAAUUGUCACCCCCUAUUGGGCAUCGAAUUCGGCGGGCAAGAUCCGUGCCAUUGUCAAUACGCAGCACUUUGAGCAGGCCAUACAUCAAGAAGUUUGCAGCACAACACAGACGUCACGAUGUGAGGGAGAAUGCGGCUGUGAGCAGAAAUAUAAAUGGCAUCGAUUACUCGCCUACGAUCCCGACAAUGAUUGCAAGGGCAUUUUUAUGGAUUGGUUCCUGUUUCCUUCAUGCUGUGUCUGUAGAUGUAAUCCCUAACGGAAGUAAUCAAAACUUUUAAUCAAUAUAAACAAAUGAUUUACUCGUACUCCAUAGUUAGAAUGCCACUGAAUGUAUUUUAGUUGUUGUUAAGUAGCUCCUAAAAAUUUCAUUUUAAUGGUAAAUCUUUAGUUAAGCUCAAUUCUCUAGUUAAGGUUUGAUAUAUGAGCCAUAUCCUUCAUGUAGCCACACACAAGCACACACACACACACACACAGCACAUGCACACAAACAUACAC